AUGCUCGUCAGGCAUCGAAGGAUUCACACAGGGGAGAAGCCAUAUUCAUGUUCUGAGUGCGGGCAGAAAUAUCACACGGGGGAAAAGCCGCAUUCUUGCUCAGAAUGCGGGAAGCGCUUUGCAUUGAAAUCGACCUUGGUUUAUCACCAGCGCACUCACACAGGAGAAAAGCCUUUUUCCUGUGCUUUGUGCGGAAGGGGCUUUGUCCGCAAGCACGAUGUCAUCAGCCACCAGAGGACUCACACAGGGCUAAAGCCGUACUCUUGUUCGGAAUGUGGGAGAUGCUUUAUACGAAGGCAGGAAGUCAUCAUCCAUGAAAGAACUCACGAAGGGCAGAAGCCAUUUUUCUGCGCGGAUUGCGGGAGGUGCUUCACGACCAAGAAAUACCUCGUUAAACAUCAGCGUGCCCACACAGAUCAAAAACCGUAUUUUUGCCACGAGUGCGGCAAGCAGUUUGCAGAGGCGUCAAAGUUCCUGAAGCAUGAGAAAGCUCACAGGAUAAAAAGGGCGUUCAUGUGUUCCCACUGCGGAAGAAGCUUUCCAGAUAAAACCUACUUAGAUCAACAUGAAAUCAUGCACGCAGACGAGAAGCCACAUUCGUGUUCGGAAUGCGGCAAAUCCUUUUCCUACAGGGCCUUUCUCGUCCGGCAUCAGAGGAGGCACUCGGGAGAGAAGCCGUAUUCAUGUCUUGAGUGUGGGAAACGUGUCACUACAAAGUCUUCUCUCAUCAAACAUCAGCGCACGCACACGGACCAGAAGCCUUACUCUUGUGCUGAGUGCGGGAAGUGUUUUUCUCAGGCGUCAAAGGUCAUUAGCCACGAGAAAACUCACACAGCUGAAAAGCCGCACACGUGUUCGGAGUGUGGGAAAUCCUUCACUUAUAAGGCCUUUCUCAUCCGGCAUCAGAGAACGCACACGGGGGGAAAAGCCCUAUUCAUGCUCUGUGUGCGGGAAAUGUUUCGCCCAAAAAUCAAAUCUCGCCGUGCAUGCAAGGACUCACACAGGGGUGAAGCCAUUCUUAUGUCUGCAGUGCGGGGAGUGUUUCGUGAGGAAGUCAAGACUUAUCGCACAUCAGCAUUUGCAUACUGGUUGCAACUAGUUACAUAG